GGAUUAUAUAAUUGAGAUUGGGAAUAUGAAAUUCAGAACAGGAGUUUGAAUUUGGUUUGAGUUUUUCAAAUUGAAAAUAGAAAAGAAAAUGAAAAAAUAGAAAUAAAACAGAAAAGAAAAACAGAAAACCCCACACUAGGCCAAAUCCCGCUCGGUCGGCCCACCAUCACCUCAAAAGCCAACCCGCGCGGCCCAUCUGCCCUGUGCACUUGUGCCACUGACGGCUUGGGCCCGCUGGCCAGUUCAUCUGUGGUCUCCGCAUCGUGCGCGCCUGGGUGUUUCAUCUCGCUGUCUGGUGGGCCCCCCUUGUCACCCCCCCUAUACCAUGGCUGUUGUAGAUCUUCUCGGCUGUUGUGGAUGCACCCGUAUCGGCCUCACCGCCGUCACCGGGGGAAUUGGGUUCGGUUGCAACCACCCGGUCCACCAGCUGGCCGCCAGGUGCGGACUCCGUGGGCCAUAUAAAGUCGUGCCCCAAGUCUACUACCGUGUGGUGAAGAACCUGUCGCCGCAAGGAGAAAGUGCGGCCGCUGCAGUCCACCAUCCCCCACUGCACGUCGUUGGCGGGCACCUGGGGAGCAUCCGAAGAGAGUCGCGGGGGCACUCUUCACCUGGCCGGGUCGCUGUGAUCUCUUGGGCGGUGGGGCGUGCGUCGAAUUUGUCGUCGUGGUGCGCUCAACUGGGCGGAGCGGUGCUACACCGUCGGCCGACCUCACCCUCGUCCCCUCGGGUGGUAAAGAACAGGUACCACAGGAUGAGGCGCUUGGAGGAUGGUGCGAUGUGUUCGUGAGAGGUCUAGGCCAUCGUCUCCCAGUCAACUUUGGGUUGCUGGGUCGUUGUCUCCUUUCGAUGUAAUUAUUUAUUUAUUUUGUACAGAAACUCCUAUUAUAUAAUAAAGUUAUGACAUUCGUUUCUGUA